AAUCGAUAGUGGACAAGUGAAGGACAGAGGAGUGAGCAUAUAAAAAGAUAUCUGACCAAAAAUACCAAAAAAUCGAUAAUGGACAAGUGAAGGACAGAGGAGCGAGUAUAUAAAAAGAUAUCUGACCAAAAAUAUAGCAUACAACCAGCCUAUAUAUAAUCCUCUGAAACACCACAAAAACAACAACAAAAAACAAGAAAACUAAUUAAGCCAUAGCCAAAAUGUUGUUAUCAUCAAUAGCCUUAGUGUGUGUACUAGGUUUAUUUUUUCAUCUUUAUAAUUCACUAAUAACAAAACCAAGAAAGCUUCAAUUAGCUCUUAGAAAGCAGGGUAUAAUUGGUCCACACCCAAAAUUUCUUCUUGGUAACAUUUUAGAGAUGAAAAAAUCACGUGAAGCUGCUGCAAAAAUUGUUUCAAAUAAUGGAGAUUUUAUAGACUCCCAUAACUGUGGAGCAACUCUUCUUCCCUUCUUUGAUCAAUGGCAGAGAAAAUAUGGUGAUGUAUUCAUGUUUUCUCUUGGCAACACACAAAUUGUGCAUGUGACACAACCAGAAAUGGUGAGAGAGAUCACUACUUGCACAUCCUUGGAUUUGGGUAAGCCCACAUAUCAAGCAAGAGAGAGGGGCUCUUUGCUAGGCAAUGGGAUUUUAACUUCAAAUGGACCUUUUUGGGCUCAUCAAAGAAAAAUUCUUGCUCCUGAGUUGUAUAUGGAAAAAGUCAAGGGUAUGAUAAAUUUAGUACAAGAUUCUGCAUUAACAUUGUUGAGUUCAUGGAAUGAUCAAAUCGAAGCUGAAGGUGGAAUUGCUGAUAUCAAAAUUGAUCCAUACAUGAGAAGCUUUUCUGGAGAUGUUAUUUCUAAAGCAUGUUUUGGAAGCAAUUUUUCCAAAGGAAAAAAAAUCUUUUUUAAGCUUAGAGCUCUUCAGCAGGCUUCUUCCAAAACUGUCCUCUCUACCGGAAUUCCCGGUGCGAGAUAUAUUCCUAGCAAGAACAACAGGGAGAUAUGGGGGUUAGAGAAGGAAAUCAAAGCAUUGAUCUUGAAAAUAGUCAAGGAAAAAAGAAGAGAAGAAGCAUCUGCUACAAGUGAAAAUAAAGAUUUACUACAAAUGGUUCUUGAAGGAGCUACAAUAGAAAUGACUACUCAAAAUGCAAUUGAUACAUUCAUAGUUGAUAACUGCAAAAACAUUUACUUGGCUGGUUAUGAGACCACUGCUGUUGCUGCAACUUGGUGCCUCAUGCUUUUGGCUGCAAAUCCAAUUUGGCAACAGCAUGUUCGUGAUGAGGUAAUGCAGAUUUGUAAGGGUCAUGAGGCUCCUGAUGCUGACAUGAUUCGACAGAUGAAACAGUUAACGAUGGUGAUUAACGAAUCAUUGCGUCUUUAUCCACCAGUAGCAGUGAUAUCAAGAGAAGCAGUAAAAGACAUGAAAUUUGGUGAAAUUAAUGUUCCUAAAAGUGUCAAUAUUUGGACAUUGGUUACAACUUUACACACUGAUCCAAAAAUAUGGGGAACAGAUUCUUACAAGUUUAAUCCAGAAAGAUUUGCAAAUGGAAUUAGAGGUGCAUGUAAAUUUCCACAGGUGUACAUGCCUUUUGGGGUUGGACCAAGGGUGUGUUUGGGACAAAAUUUGGCUAUGGUGGAACUUAAAAUACUCAUUUCUUUAAUUUUGACCAAAUUUUCUUUCACUAUUUCAUCAAAGUAUGUUCAUUCUCCAGCUUUGAAUUUGGUCAUUGAGCCUGGACAUGGUGUGUAUCUAUCACUGAGGAAGUUGUGAUCAAAUAGAGUUGAUCUUGGAUACUAUUUUUCAAUUUAUUUUUAUUUAUGUAAUGAGAAGACAGCUAUGGCGGAAACAAGAUUUUCAUUAACAUCAGGUCAUCAUCUACUAUAUAUAUAUAUAUAUAUAUAGUAAUUUUCUGUCGUCGAAAAGGGUUUAGAUGAAUCCUACUCUUCCACCCCUUACUAUUAAAUGGAGCUUAGAUAUUUCUACUUUAUUUUUUUAUUAUUAAAUCUAUUUAUGUAAUCGGGGUAAUGUAACUAUAACUUAUAAUGCAAAAAGAAAAAGACUAUUGAAUUUUAGUCUUAUGUAUACGUUCGCCAUAUUUCGCCACGUUUCUUUUU